AUGGCAGUCUCGGCCUCUGUAGGGCCUGCAGUCACCCAAUCGGCGCUAUUAGGUAUUGUUACCCUGCUCAAUCUGACUGCCGCCACAAACGCGCCCUUUUAUGCGUCAUCUGCUUCUUCUGUUUCCUCCCCUGCUCUUUUGCCUAUAUCUUCUCAUGCCAACCCGUCUACAGAGAGCGACGACACAGACAGUGAACCGCCCCUUUCAGCACAGACUCCGCGACCUGCUCUGCUGGACACAUUCCGCUUGUCGCCAAACGACCAAUCACAGCCUCGGAUCCCCGCCAAUUUUAUCCCCGAGCAGCCCGAGAACAAGCAGCGCUGCAAGCCGUACGAGGAUCAACAAAGCGGCGAUCUGCACCCCUUUGUCCCGCCCUCUUCCUUUUCUUCUUCCGUAUCCUCUGUCCUGUCUGCCUCGCCACUCUCCCCGCUGCGCCAGUUUCCUACCACUGAAGUCGAGGUUCACGACACCAUUCCUGAGGAGACUGACGAGACCGAUUACGACACGCCCAACGAGCCUGUAACACCUGUAAGCGGCCGCCAGUCCCGUGACGGCUUUCAGCACACCGAUCCGGAGCCCGAGUCAGACUCCAGCACCGGAGCCGUGCCCAUCCCCAUUCCCGGCUUGAGACAGGCCGGUUCGGCCCAGCAGCACAGCCAAAAGUAUUCGGGCCAGCACAGUCUCCGUCACGGCCGCCGGAACUCGUAUCACCAGCGUACUCCCAGCGACGCAACCGCAUCUAUCGGUGGUGCGGACCAGAACGACAUCUUCGUCGUCGAGGACAACUUCUCGGCCGCAGCUCUGCAGGCAACGCCAACCAAGGCUCAGCUGCUCCCGUUGUCAACGCCCAGCCUUCGUUCGGAAUCACCACCAAAUUUCCGGCCAGCUACUGCUGUCAGCGGCUCUUUCCUCAUUGCUCCACCGAGUGGCAGCAGCAGCGACACUGCCACGAUCGCAAGUACAGCCACUGCUGCAAUCCGGGUGCCUUCAGCUAGCACCUCCACCAUCGCCGCCGAACAGUCCCCGUUGAGCCCCGUUCCAAAUCGUCGGUCGCGUGGCAGCUCGUCUACCACCAGUUUCAAACGCACGAUGACGAAUCUCUUCCGCCGCAGUAACUCGCAGACCGACAAGGCACCCGAAUACGACACAACUGGAUCCGAAUCCAAUCUGCCGGAUAUGGCCGCGCCCACCAAUGGGAAUGAGGCGCCGCUCGGUUCCCACAAGACGCCGAGCCGUCGCUGGUCCAUGCAUCGCUCUCUUGCCACGUCGCAGUCACACUCGCCACCGUCGCCGGGGAGCCCUCCUCUGGAGAUGGCCAUGGGCUCUAAGAGUUCCCGGAAGAACACCAACCGCGCAAUAAACGCAGGUGCUGCCUCUCAUGGAAAGGCCAGCGGCUUGACUGGGACGGGUGUGAACACACUCCAGCUUCCGCAGAUGCCGACGGAAGACGACUUUUUGCAAAACGACAGCAAGAAGCACCGGCAGCGGGCGACGACGACGACGAACCUGAGCCUGAACAAUGCCAUACACGUGGUGACGGGAUCCACCGGCAGCCGCCGCCACCAUGGGAAGCUCAAGACCAAGCAGGGCACCGACUAUCCUCGUCGUGCGAGCAGCUUCGAGCAUGGCAACCAGAACCCGGCCAUCGAGAUCCGCGGCGAGCCGUGGAUUCUCCCGGCUGAAGCAGGCACCGGGCUGAAAGCCCGCCGGAUGAGUCUCAGCCUGCCGGACGACUUCACCGUGGAUGCAGCUGAGCUGCACACCGAGUUUGAAUACCAGCAUGUUCUGGGGCGCCAUCGUCGCCACCUUGGAAAAGGUGCCACUUCCAAGGUGACGCUGAUGCAUCGGAAGGGCUUCCCGGAUGAACUGUACGCGGUGAAGGAGUUCCGUGGUAAAUCGUCCAGCGAGACGCGCGAGGAGUACGAGAAGAAGGUCAAGAGCGAGUUCAGCAUUGCCAAGAGCCUGCACCACCCCAAUGUCGUGGAGACGGUUCGGCUGUGCACCGAUCAUGGCCGUUGGGAUCACGUGAUGGAGUAUUGCCAGGAGGGCGAUUUGUACGGCCUGGUCGAGAAGAAGUACCUGGUCAGUAAUGAGCGGGAAAAGGACCGGCUGUGUCUUUUCCGGCAGCUCGUGCAGGGUCUCAACUACCUGCACUCGCACGGUAUCGCGCACCGCGACAUCAAGCUUGAGAACCUGUUGAUCACAAGCAGUAGCAAGCUCAAGAUCACCGACUUUGGCGCCUCGGACAUAUUUUCCGGCAUCCACCCCGGUAUUCGGGAGGCGGGCGGGCGAUGUGGCUGCAACCUGGACGGCAAUGUCAAGCUGUGCAGGCCGGGCAUCUGCGGCAGUCUGCCGUACAUCUCGCCAGAGGUUCUGGAGGCGAAGGAGGCCUAUGACCCGCGCAAGCUCGAUGUAUGGGCCGCAGCCGUGGUGAUGCUGAACCUGAUCUUCGGAGCCCCUUUGUGGAACGAGGCGCGGAUGAAGCCUGGCCAGGCCAACCCACAGUAUGCGUCGCUCCUGCGUGGCUGGGAGAAAUGGAACGCCACGCAUCUGCCCAAGAGGUUAGAAGCCGAGAAGCAGCACCUUGAGGGAAAGAGCGCCGAGUCGACAGAGACGGCGACAAACGGGACUGUCGAGGAAAAGCCAGCAGCUACCACGGAUGCGACUGUUCCUGCUCCUGUAACAGCGACGGGACCGGAAAUCAAGGUGACGCCUGCGACCGAUCGGCCAUGGGUAAAGGCCGAUCCGGUGACGGACGGAAACCCUAACAGCAUUGUCGAGGGACCGUAUCCGACAGUGAUGGCGCUGGAUGUUUGUGUGAACCCCCCGAUUCUGCGGCGGAUCAUCAUCCAGAUGCUCAACCCGGACCCGAAGCGACGGGUGACGAUCGAGCAGGUGGCCAACCUGCGUUGGAUGCGCAACAUUGAGUGUUGCCAGCAGGAUCUCUCGGAAGACUCGGUAGUCCUGUGUCCGGGCCCGGCGGCGACUGGGCCCAUCGAUGCAUCGAAGCGCAGCGCCGUCCUUCCUGGACAGAAGAUAUUCUUUCACGACCACCUCCCGGCAAAGGUGCAUUCUCACUCGAUAGGCCGCAUCUAG